GCCGGCAGUCGGUACGCGGUCGCCGGACACGUCGUGCGCCCGAGAUCCUUUCGUCGCCGUUCGGUGCACACACACACACACACACACACACACACACACACACAUUCACAUACAUACACGUUUUCGCCGAGAGACACACGUCGUCGCGGUAACGGCACGAUCAACCCUACCCCACACGAGUCUCCUGGAGCACACACGCCCCCGUGUCCGCGACCAUGGACCACAGUCACAGCCAUCGGACAGCCGCGCGACCCCGUCACCGCCGACCACUCGUCCAGUUCGUCGUCGUCGUCCGCUGUUGAAAUCCAACAUCAUCGCACAUCCGACGAGGAUCUUAUUGAAAUGCGAAUUUAUUUGGUUACAAGAAUAAACUAAGACAGAAACAAUGGUGGUAAUGAUUGGCGCGCCUAAUCUCAGGAGUCCUGGACCCAACGGGACCACGGCCAACGGCAGCAGAGCGUUUCAGUGUCAUCCGCAAGGAGAAUCGGAGGCCACCAUCACACUGACAUUAGUCGGACUAGGCAUAGUCGCCAACACGGUGCUCAUGGCUCUCAUUGUGUUCAACAAACAUCUGAGAAGGUGGUCGCAGGGACUACUGUUCCACCAGGCGAUGGUGGACUGCGCGAGGGCGGCCAUACUGAUACCGUUGGCACACAGUCUCCUCUACUGCGUGCCGGUGAAAAAAUGCAGCCUGGUGGAAACCGCGUUCCUGUUGCUGGUCACCGUGUCCACGAUAAACAUGCUGACUAUCGUACUCAACGACUCGCCGGUGUUCCCGGAGGACGACGAGGAAGACGGCUAUCAGGUGUCCUCCGUGCCCCUGCUGCUGGACUCACCGCAGUGCGUGGUCUUCGGCACGUUCAUGAUAUGGUUCGCGGCCAUCACCAUCAACCUGGGCCCGACGUUCAUGAGCGGCGCGCUGGCCGCCGGCGCCGAGGUGACCAGGGACCGGCCGGGGUGUCCGCUCGUGCAUGGGCCAUUCCGGCACUACAUACUCAACGCCCUGUGGAUAAUCAUCAACCUGUUGUGUGUGCUGCUCACGCUGUUUCACCUGCGCAAGCUUCACAGAGACCUGACCAAAGCCAACGUGGAAGCCGUCCGGGUGGCCGGCCUCGUCACCACGCUGGUCAACGUCACCGGCAACAGUUACUCGGACCCGCGACACGCGACCCGGAGAAGUUUGGGCGCAGUGGAGGAACACCAGAGGAUGCGUAACUACUUGUUGCGCAUCGAGAGGGAAGGCGUGCAAAAGGUUAAGAUGUUCGUGGUCAUCACUGCGGCGUAUGUGAUCUUCUGGGGACCAUUAUUUUUCGUCACGCUGGUACAGCACCCAUUGUCCGGCAAUCGUUCCGACUAUGAGGUCACGUUACACGUGGCCAACGGCCAUUCGUUCGUCAACGCGAUGCUGUUCCUGGUGCUACACCGGGGCCUCAGACAAGCGGCCGCGGACGCCUGUUGCACCAGCAUGUCCUCGGUGGCCAGGUGGCUGACGGCCGGGUGGUCGCCGGAGCCGUACACGCUGGACGCUUCCGUGCCGGGCGCGUCGCCGGAGCCCGUGCUAGCAGCUCCACCGCCGCCGCCGCCCACCAGUUUGCCAGCCUACACCAUUCGGCACACUUCGAUGAGGACACGGUCGAUGAAUCGUUUCCCGGCGCACCGAGAUCUGCACUACGACUACCACUCGUCGCAUCCCAACCUGCACGACAUGUCGGGCUUCAACAUGGGCCGCUUGUACAACAGUCACGAGUACCUGCCCAACGACUACCGCCGCUACAACCACUAUUACCAUCAUCGGGAAACGCCACCGUGCUCGUCGCCCGAAUGAUUUCACGUCGUCGACGUCCAACUACCUGUGUGUCCGCGCGUUCCGCCAACGCUACCGUCGUGGGACCAUUACGUCGUUGUACCCAAACGACGAAAAAACCAAAAAAAAAAAAAACCC